AUGGUGCGCAAACUUUUGUGUUUUUGUCUUUCCGUCUCAAAAAGAGUUAUUGCUAAUAAUGGCACCAUGACCGUGAGGAGAAAUGUCGUGGCGUCACCGGUGGCAUCAUACAUUGCUGCCUGUGCGUGGAUUGACGUUGGAAAGUCGAUCAAAACCCAACAAGAACUUAAAGCCUUUGUUCAAGAAAAUGGUGAAAAUCGUCGACUUUGUUCAAAAAAGCUUGCAACAGUUUGGACAGCUCAUACAAAACAGCCUAUUUCUGCUGUUACUAUACGCCGGAAUCUUAAGAAAGUUGGGCUUACAUCUUGUAUACCUCGUAAAAAACCCGCAAUGACAGAAGUACAUCAUCAGGCUCGUCUCAAAUGGGCUUAUGCACACAAAAAUUGGUGA